AUGAAGUGGGUGAUGUGGAGCUAUUCGUUGCCAAGCGCGCAGGGGUCAAGUGCUCGGUGGUCCGCAGAAAAGUCCGCACGCGAGGAAUCUUUGCGGUUGAGCUUUGCGACUUCACGACCACACGCACGAACACGAACACGGCCAGCACGUACACAUCCACCCGCCGUCCUCACUUGCCAAUACCGCAGCCAUGCAUCUCAUGUUCGUCCCCGACCCGCAGAACCCGGCCAAGCGCAUCUACACGCUGAAGAAAGUCAUCGACGGCGAGGUCAGCAAGAGCGCGCAUCCCGCUCGUUUCUCGCCCGACGACAAGUACUCGAGGCACAGGGUCACCAUCAAGAAGCGCUACGGAUUGCUCUUGACCCAGCAGAAGAACAAGGUUGCCGAGCGAUCGUAGACAACCAUGUGGUGAAAGCUUGAGCAGAUGGCGUUUUAGGGCGUAUGGGCGAAAGACUUGAGGAAAAGCUACGGCGGCGACCUUAUCAUGUGUGUGGUCUAUUCGAGAGCAAUCAACAAGUUCCAAGA